CCCAUUCUCUGGUCGAAUGACUGAUCUGGGAGGCAAACAAAAUGCCUGCCGCAGUGAUAAUGGGUGAAAAUUAUGAUAAACUUUUAGAGCAGUGCGAAACACAGGAACUUGAGGCUCCAGGUGGCAUUGCUACCCCUCAAGUGUAUGCCCAGCUGUUGGCGCUCUAUCUACUGCACAAUGACAUGAAUAAUGCAAGGUACCUGUGGAAGCGAAUUCCUCAAGCCAUUAAAACGGCAAACCUAGAGCUGACGGCCGUGUGGGCCGUGGGUCAGCGUAUAUGGCAGCGAGACUUCCCAGGGAUCUACUUGGCCAUCGCAGCUCACCAGUGGUCUGAGAACAUCCUGCCAGUCAUGGAGGCCCUGCGAGAGACCACUCGUAGGAGGGCGUAUGGCCUGGUGGCCCAGGUAUACACCUCCAUCAUGGCAGAAGACUUUGCUGCCUUUGUGGGCUACUCCGUGGAGGAAGCCGUGAAGGGGGUGGUGAGCCAGGGUUGGCAGGCGGACCCUGCCAGCAGGAUGGUGAUGCCCCAAAAGCCAGAUCCUCCCCCUGUCUCGCUGGUUCCAAACGAGCAGCAGCUGGCCAGACUCACUGACUACGUGGCUUUCCUUGAGAACUGAUACAUUUCCUUCAGCCCUGUUUGUCUUCUGUGAGGAGGACACCAGAACGCCCCUCUUCCCGAGCUUAAAUGGACACACACGCAGGACCUCAAACUGACCCCCCUUGUGCAUGAUUGUGGUCAUGUCUCUGCAAGCUAGGCACCAUGUUUUCACAAAGAUGGGCCUCGGACUUACGAUACAGUUUCUACGCCCACUAACUCAGUUUUGGGGUAUUCCUUAGUAAAUUACUGUGACUUCCCAAUUCAUUAUGUUUCAUAUUAUUUUGCACUUUAUUGUGAUUGCCUAGUCCAUGUGAACUUGCACAUUCUGAAAGUAUACUGAACAAAAAUAUAAACGCAACAUGUAAAGUAUUGGUCCCAUGUUUCAUGAGCUAAAAUAAAGAUCCCGAAAAUA